AUGUUCAAGGUCCGUGAAACCCACUACCAGAACGGCAAACAAGUCACCCGGCAGCAAAACCCUGACAGAUCUUUGCUGGCUGCUGUCCCACUCACGACUUCUCCAAGAACCCAAGGGAAAGGUGAAUGUCAGCCUCCCGUGGCUGGCAUUCCCCUUUGGAAACCCGAAACUCCAGAGCCCACCCUGCCCCCACGGAUAUGCUACCAGACCAGUAAUCCGGUAAUCGGAGGACGAGUCACGUGGAACUGCACCCAGAACUACACUGCAUCCAGCCCCACCAAGGCCAGUCCGGGUACCUUCUUUUGGUGUAAUGGCACCUUAAGUAACUGCAUGAACUCCUCUGACCCCGGGCCUUGCUUCGUCGUCACGGUAGUUCCCCAACUAACCUUAUAUGGAGAGUCGGAGCUCGCCUGGCUGCUCCCUCCCUCCCGCCGCCGGACUCGCCGGGCAGCCUUCCUCCCUGUCAUGUUAGGGGUGAGUAUCGCUGCCUCAGUAGGCCUCACCAGGGGGCCCUCGGGAAGAGUCUGGUCACUGCUCAGUACUUUAAUGACAAGCUCCAGUUAGCCCUGGAG